CUCUCUCUCACAUGUUCACUGAAACACCUAAGCACCCUUACCACGCCAUACCCAGUCACCCCCCACGCACCCCGCUAAUAUAUAUACUGGUAUACACAUAACAACCUAUACAUACAUCAUAAACACAUACACACGCCAUUUCUUAACCCUCCAGGAUUCAGAUCUUUCUGUACCAAAUACGGAUUGCUGUUUGAUUUUGUAUUGAUUUCAUAAGAUAUAUAUUGAUCGAAAUGGCUUCACCUGGAAAUCCAAAUCCAAACCAACCAGGUGGAAGUCCAUUUGAUAUAAACAAAUUAUUUAGAACUUCCACUCCUCCACCCAUUUCCACUGCAAACCCCAAUCUGCAAAACCCUAAUAGUAAUACCAGUAGUAACCUUAAUUUUAUUACAUCUCCUUUUCCGGCCCCUUCAGCCUCUUAUCCUCCGCCGGUGGCUGGUGGUGUGCCCUACUCAUAUUCGCCCCAAAGCGCAGCUUUCCACCAUCCCGUUUACAACUUUCCACCCAAUCAUUUACCGGCGAAUCAGGAUUUUGCUAAUAUGCACUCUCAGAGGUCAUUGUCUUAUCCUACACCCAGUCUCCAACCCCAGACCCCCACUGGCCCUGUUCAGAACAAUUUUCAAAACCCACCUAGUUCCCAGAAUACUAGCAACCCCAACCCAGGGGCCCGGCUUAUGGCCUUGUUGAGUGCCCCGCCUUCCACUCUGGAAAUACCGCAACAACCCACCAUGCCAAAUCCCCAAUUCAACCCAACAUCUUCGGCCGGCUUUGAUUUCUCAGCGACCCAGAAUGUAGUCGUGCUGCCUUCCAGGCCAAACCUUGGGAUUUGGCAUCCGGGUCCUGUGAUAAGAAUGCUCAGUAGUAAGCCCCCAAGGGGGCGGCAUUUGAUGGGGGAUAAUUUGGUUUAUGACGUAGAUGUUAGGUUCCCCGGGGAGGUGCAGCCUCAGCUGGAGGUUACUCCCAUCACUAAAUACGGGUCUGACCCGGGACUCUUCAUGGGCAGGCAAAUUGCUGUUAAUAAGACGUAUAUAUGCUAUGGUCUCAAGUUAGGCGCCAUUCGGGUUCUUAAUAUUAACACUGCUUUGAGAUCAUUGCUUAAGGGUCUAGCUCAGAGGGUCACAGACAUGACUUUCUUUGCUGAGGAUGUUCAUCUUUUAGCUAGUGCAAGUAUGGAUGGUCGGGUUUAUGUAUGGAAGAUUAUUGAAGGCCCAGAUGAAGAAGACAAACCUCAAAUAACUGGAAGGAUUGUUGUUGCUCUUCAAAUUACCGGAGCAGGGGAAUCUAUUUAUCCAAGAGUUUGUUGGCAUUGCCAUAAACAGGAAGUUCUUGUAGUGGGUAUUGGAAAGCAUGUGUUGAAGAUUGAUACUACAAAAUUUGGAAAAGGCCAAGUGUUCUCCAUGGAAGAACCUCUCAAAUGUCCUGUUGAGAAGUUAAUUAAUGGGGUCCAACUUGUUGGUAGCCAUGAUGGAGAAGUGACGGACCUGUCGAUGUGCCAGUGGAUGACCACCCGUUUGGUAUCUGCAUCGGUUGAUGGCACGAUAAAGAUUUGGGAAGAUCGUAAGUCAAUCCCAAUUGCAGCACUCCGGCCACAUGAUGGCCAACCAGUUAACUCUGUUACGUUCUUGGCUGCUCCUCACCGCCCAGAUCAUAUCAUUCUUAUCACUGGGGGUCCAUUUAAUCGGGAAGUGAAGAUAUGGGCAUCUGCAAGUGAAGAAGGUUGGUUGCUUCCUAGCGAUGCUGAAUCGUGGCAAUGCUCCCAGACAUUGGAAUUGAAGAGUUCAACAGAAGCUCGAGUGGAAGAGGUUUUCUUCAACGAAUAUCAUGAUGAUACUAUCUUAUGUGGAGGUCUACCAAUGUUAACCGAAGAACUUGUCAACUCUAUUCUCUACUCUCUUCCCAUCAUCUCCCUGCACUUUAUGCAGGAAACUCUGAAGUUAAGUUUGGAAGCUUCCGUGAUCCCUGCCUUUGAGAAAUCAUGCAGGGUCAUGUUCGAGCAAUUGGAUGCCACAUUUCAGAAAGGAAUGGUUGAACAUACUGCUGCAGCUCAGCAACAAAUUGAGUCAUCAUAUUCACCAAUGGCAGUUGCUCUGAGGGAUGCUAUGAAUUCAGCAUCUUCGGUGACUCAAACCCUAAGCACUGAGUUGCUUGAUGGCCAAAGAAAGUUGUUAGCUCUUGCUGUUGCUGGAGUGAAUUCAAAAUCAACAAAUCCGUUGAUUAGCCAACUGAGUAAUGGUCCCUUGGGGGGUCUGCAUGAAAAGCUUGAAGUACCUCCCGAUCCAACGAAAGAGUUAUCAAGAUUGAUAGCUGAGCAUAAGUACGAGGAGGCUUUCACCGCAGCCCUGCAAAGAAGCGAUGUUUCUAUUGUAUCGUGGUUGUGUGCUCAGGUUGAUUUACUGGGGAUUUUGUCAAUGAAUCCCCUCCCUUUGAGCCAAGGUGUACUCAUCUUUCUCUUCCAGCAGUUGGCUUAUGAUAUUAGCAAAGAAACGCAAAAGAAACUACCUUGGAUGCGUGAGGUACUGUCCGCCAUAAAUCCAACUGACCCAAUGAUUGUGGUGCAUGUCCAGCCUAUCUUUGAGCAAGUUUAUCAAAUAUUGAAUCAUCAUCUGAAUCUCCCGACCACAACGGGUCCCGAACCUUCGAUCAUCCGUCUGAUCAUGCAUGUCAUCAACUCCAUCCUUAUGACCCCUAAAUGAUACCAUUUUAUACUUUAUUUUUGUAAUGUUGAAACUGGAAGGUUUGUACUAAAAUUCUAGGGAUAUUCAUCGGAAGGGCGCUUCAUGCUGACUGUGGAGCUUACUCUUCCUUUCUUUCCCGAAGGGUUUUAUAUGUGGAAUUCGCAGUCGAUAUUUAGGUCUGUCAUUUGGCGAUUUGUUUAAACAGCUUCUGUUUAUAUCAAUUUUGUUUGUAUACUUGUCUUCUAUAAUUCCAUACCGGAAAAUUUCUGUUC